GGCCACACCUCCCGGAUUGCUGCAGAGACUUUGCCUUUACGGAUUUAACCGGCUCCGGGAUUGUAAUCCCAGCAUCCCCGAAAGGGAGACGUAGGUCCGGGGCAUCCUGAGCUGUGGUCUGUGCCCGGGGCUGCCCCGCUAGGACUGGCAGGAUGGUGUCCUGGAUCAUCUCCAGACUGGUGGUAUUGCUGUUUGGCACUUUAUAUCCAGCAUACUCCUCAUACAAAGCUGUCAAGACAAAAAAUGUUAAGGAAUAUGUAAAAUGGAUGAUGUACUGGAUCGUGUUUGCCUUUUUCACCACUGCAGAAACCUUAACUGACAUCAUCCUCUCCUGGUUUCCUUUUUACUUUGAGCUAAAAAUUGCAUUUGUGAUUUGGCUCCUAUCACCUUACACUAAAGGCUCUAGUGUAUUAUAUAGGAAAUUUGUACAUCCAACUCUCUCUAGUAAGGAAAAGGAGAUUGAUGAGUACAUUGCUCAGGCGAGAGACAAGAGCUAUGAGACCAUGAUGCGUGUUGGCAAAAGGGGCUUAAAUAUUGCUGCGAAUGCUGCUGUGACGGCAGCGACAAAGGGUCAAGGCGUGUUGUCAGAAAAGUUGCGGAGUUUCAGCAUGCAGGAUUUAACUCUGAUACAAGAUGAUGAUGCUGUGCACCUGCAGAGUCCAGAGCCUCGGUUGCGCAGUGCUUCCAGCGGAGUAGAGGAAACCAUUGUGGAGCAAGCCUCGUCCAUUUGUUCAGCUGCAGAGGAACAACGACAAGUGAAGCCAGAUGCAGACCAGUCAGAUGUGAAAUCGGAACCGUCAGAUGAAGAUGCUGUGGAGAAAGUACCCAAACGUUCAGCAAGUGUCAAAAGUGUCAAGAAAGUUACAAAAGUUGAGCCACAAGCCAAGAAUUUAAAGGCACGUCCCAAGAAGAAAACUACAGUAACCACUGUGCCUGGAGAGUCAGCAUGAAAACAUGUCUUUCUGUCCAGAUUUUACCUUAUACGCUGCUGAUUUAAAACUCUGGAGGACUGUGUGCUUUAAUAGCAACAACUACCACUUUUAGGAUCACUCCACAUCCGGGGUUAGUAUUUGCGAGGAAACACGUAUAUUAAAAUUGUAUUAUUCUAUAUUUGACAAUGUGAGAUACAUUGGCUAUUCAGAUGGUGCUGAGAUCCAUGUCCAGUACUUGCUGUUCUCAAGCGACAAAAAUCAGUUUGCAAAAUAUAGUAAAAACAAAAAAAGUGUAAACAUAGUAAAAAUGAAUCCUAAAAGACAAACAUACAGUUAUGUCUGCUGUAUCUCCCCAGGCUGCCUGCUGCAGAUCUAUUAUCAAUGAGACUUAUGUGAACUAAUACAAUAGGUGCUCAGUAUUGUGCUAACAGUUAUAGUUUACACUUGCCUCAAUAGUGCAAACAAUAUGUAGUUACAUUUUUUUUUAUAGUUUUUGUUUUCUAGAAAUAACAGCCAUUAUUGUCUCUAAAUCUUACGUAUUUUUUAAGCUUUUAGCGUUCUCAUACACAGAAUAUAGUAUAGAGGAGGCUGAAUUACACUGGCAGUCAUUUAUACAGUUUAGCAAUGCACAUAAAUAGUUACAUAAUAGUUUUCAAUGAACUGGAAUGCUUGUAUUCUGAAUUAUAGCAAAUUAGAAUUGGGGUCUAUUUCCUGCCAUGAUGACAGGUACUACAGGAUGAGAGAUUUAUGGGAGAGACUUGCCAGUGAGGUCGGAAAAUGAAAUAGUUAAAAAUGGUCACAGUAAUGACUAGAGGUCUGAAGAUGGAUCAAUCGUAGGUUAACACUAAGGGUGGCGUUACAAUCCAAGGUUCGUUAAACCACAGGUACAUGUUUUAUGCUGAGAAGUGUUAAGAAAAUAUGGAACUAUAGGUCAACAGCCCUCGGCCAUGUGUAAUGGAAGGUCUGUGAGAUGCCUUGGUUUUAGGUGAAUGGAAACCUAUGAAUGUUGACUAAAGAAGUGUAAAUAUGUUUACUGGUCGUAGAUUAGACUUUUCAGAACAUCCUAAAAUAACGUGAUUUUUCAGGCUGUGAACAGGCCUUUUCUGGGUGGUUCUGUUCAUAGGGUGCUGAUGGUCAUUCUUCAGAUACUACAUUUUUUAAAGAAUUCACGGAGAACCGCACUUGAGAUGUCAAUCUGUAGUCCCUGACAUUGUACAAGUGCUGGAUUUCAGAUCAUACAGUUGAGGUAGUGUUUACAUUCACUUUAUACUGUGUAUAAAAUGGCCGGCACCGCUCUAUUUUAAGCAUUGCUUGUUCUAAUGCUGCCACCAACAGUAAGAUUGCCUUUGUGAAGCAGAACCAACACUGCUGUUCUUAAAAUAGUUGCUAGAUUAUAGGUACGCGUGGUUAGAAAUUACAGAUUGCCACUGCUUUGAUAGUCUUUCUGUUCAGCCUCUUUGCAAGUAAGCUUUAUAUUUCUCUAUAAAAGGAAAGCAAAAAUAAGCCUUGGUGUGCAGUGUGGAUAAAGACACAGGAUUGAUAGUUAUGAGCCACAUUUUACUUUUAAUCUCUUCUGGUAGAAGACACAUAUUGAGCAGUGGAAAACAGAACAGUUGAUCUUUUGAGUCCAUUGGAGAGAAGAUUGUCUCCGAAGGGACCAACUUUAAAGGGACCUAUCAUGUUGAAAAUCUAGUCCAAUCUGUAGGCAGCAUGGUAUAGAACAGCAGAUGUAGCAAUAGUUUUGUAAAAAACUGAGUAGGACCACCCACUGUACUCAGGCCGCAAUGAGGAGAGGUUAAAGGGGUACUCCAGAGAAAAAAAUGCAUUCAAAUCAACAGGUGCCAGAAAGUUAAACAGAUUUGAGUAUUACUUCUAUUUAAAAAUCUUAAU